AUGUUGACUAGAAAAUCGUACAGCAUACGUCUGUUUUGGUCAAAAGAAAUCAGGUUUGAACCAUAUGCUGAAAAUCUUUCAAUUUCGAUUGAAGAUAUCGAGGCUACAUUAGGUAAAAUUAUCUUAACAAUUCAUCUACGUCAAGAAUAUGUGUCGGUUGCACGAGUUGAACAGGAUCUUUUAACACAUUAUGGUGUUCAAUCGUUUCGAGAAUUAGGCGUCAAUCAACGAGAUCUCAAGACUUUAACGAAUCAUAUUCACCGCGAUAAAGAUGUUACUUUUUACAUGCAAGUAUUCGAACAAAUUUUCAAUUUAUGUACGUUGUACGAUCUUGCUCCGUUAAUCGCCAAAUUUCUCAAAGUGAACAAAUAUGAAGAUGCACAUCUUGGACCACUAGAUGAACAUCCUGCCAUAAAACGAGUUUUUAAAUAUAAACGGAUAAAACGUCAUGAACCAAUUCCUGAAAUAACAAGUGGAGAAAUCAUACAUGCAUUUGUCGAGUUUCAACAGAGUCAUCAACAUAGAAAAUUUCUCUAUGAAGAUUUUAUUGAUGAACUUGUUCAAGAAUAUCAAUUUGAAAAACGUGAACAACUUGGUCUUUUUUGUAGAUCUUUUCCAUAUUUAAGCGAAGUAACAAGAAAAUUAACACAAGAAUGGAACAGAUGUGAUAAACAAAUUGUAUCCGAUGCUACUAGACGUAUUAUUAAUGAAGUUGAAAACAAAUUACGGGAAAUACAACAGGAGGUGUCAAGUGAACUCGAACUUUCGUCAUAUACAAACAAAUCGCCAAUGUCUGUUUUUGAUCAUCUUAUUUCAGUUGUUGAUAAACAUUUGAAUAUUGCCCACCAGAAAGUUAUUCGUGAUUUAUUGAUUAAAAUUCGAAAAGAUGAUUUAUUAAGAUGUUUAUUAAACAUUAGUAUUUAUUUGGGUUCAAUGGACAAACCUGAAAAAUUCAUUGCUGAAUUUCAAAAACUCAGUCAAAGUCAAAAUCAAAAUUCUACGUCAUCAUCAGAACAAUCUUCAAAUGCAAAGAAAUCUUUGGAUAAUAAUUAUCAUCAAAGAAAUUCACAAUAUAUAUCCAAUAUUCACAAUGUGAAAUCAGAAGGAAAUGUUUCUUCUACAAUAAAUGAAACAUCAUUUACAAAUUUGUCUUCAUCAUCAUAUGAAACACGAUCGCCAGUACCUCUCCAAGAUAUAUGUUCUGAUCUGUUUCAUAUUCUCGUUCGUUUUGAUUCGGUUCUGACAAUCAGACAACUCUACGAUAUACAAAAUUAUUUAUGUAAAAAAUAUUCAAUAAAAAAUUUCUCCGAAUUUUAUUUCAAUGAUAAUGAUGAUGAUGAUGAGAACAAUUAUCUUGAUCUUAUUUCAUUUAUUCAUAAACAUCGUGAUAAAAUUGAUCCGCAUGGAGAUUUAUCAAUAUAUGAAUAUAUUUCAUCAACUAGUGAUCGACAAGAAAUCUAUACAUUUGUUAAUCAACUUACAGUGAUUAAAAAUUGGAGAGAAAAACAAGAACAAAAUGAAUAUUCAACUGAUCGUAAAAUUAUUAUGAGUAAAGAUCAAUCAUCUGCUGUUGAAAGAUCAUUACAAUAUAAAUUUGCUGGACUAAUUGGACAUAACCGAGUUUCUCAAAUAAUCAAAAAAGCUAAACAUCAAUAUACGAAAAAAACUCGUUCAAUUAUUCACUAUGAAGAAUCAUUGUUGGAUGAAGUUGGUCUCAAUCGAUUAGGUAUUUGUCCAUCAUCACUUCUUGUCGAUGAAAAACAAUUAUGUGAAAUAAUUCUUCAAUGUCCAAUCAUGUUCAAUUUAUCAAUAUGGCUACAAUGGUCAAAUUAUUUUCAAUUCAAAUAUGGCACACUCAAAAUGUUCAUUGCACGAAAAGAAGAAGAACUUGAUCGUCUUCUUUUACUUGAAACUUCAAAUCAUGAACUUUUACGUCUUCCAAUUGAUUCAUCUUUUGACUCAUUUGAAAAAGAACUUUAUUCAGGAAAUAUUCGUGUCAGUGUUGGUCAUUUAUGUGCAUUAAUUAUUUGUGAAUAUGUUAAAGUUAAUCAAUUACCAAUGAUUAUUUAUAGGCAAGUUAUCAGUACUUGGUUAAUUCGUCUUCGAUCAUCCGCUGAAUUAAAUGAAAAUAGUAUCGAACCGAUGAGAUACGUUCUGGAAUUUUUGACAUAUUUACCAAUACUUAUUGGUCAAUCAAGAAUUGUUCAAGAACUUUUGUUGGAACCCAUUGAUGAAGUCUUUGGAAAUAAUGAAGAUAAUCAAGUAUUUAAUACUCGACAAAGAAUAUGGACAUUAGCCAAUCCUAAACAAAAGAGUAAAUUAGAAGUCUGGGGUCAUCUCUUGGAUAUUGAUGAGUGGAUAAAUGAAAAUAAAUGGAAAGGAAUCAAUGAAACACAAGAAGAGCCUAUUAUUCAAUCUGCAUAUGAACAUUUCAGGCAACCAGAUAGACCAAAUCAACGGUCAGAAAUUCUUUUACCAAUAAAUGAUCAAGUAUCAACAUCAACUGUCACCUUCCCAUCAACUCCACCAAUCAGUGAAGCUCGUAUUCCAAUAAUUAAUGAUAAUAAUCGAGAUCUUGCAGCAUUUGAACAUAUAAAACAAAUCCGUGAAAGACUUGGUGUUGAUAAUAAUCUUGAUACAGCUGGAAAAUCAAUAGUUAAUAAUCUUCAAGGAUUGAUUAAACGAAGUUUAGAGAAAUUAUCCAAUGAUCUUUAUUCUGAACAAGGUCAUUAUGUUUUGGAACUUAUUCAAAAUGCUGAUGAUAAUCAAUAUUCAUCGGAUUGUUUACCAACAUUACGUUUUGUUAUUUCAUCAGAUCGAAUUCUUGUUUGUAAUAAUGAAAUUGGUUUUCAACCAAAUCAUAUUGAAGCUAUUUGUAAUGUUGGAGAAUCGACGAAAGGAAAACAUAAACAAGGUUAUGCUGGACACAAAGAAUGCAAUAAUAAUUCAAUGUACAACAAAACAUAUAUUGUCAAAUGUGCAUUAGGAUUUCAACUUACAAAAGAUAAUGAUGAUACUCAAGAUGAUAGUUUUGCUCGUCUCAUGGUUUUACAUGUCUUUGGUUUGGAUAUACGUGAUGUUGCUGAAGUACUACAACAACAGAAUGAAAUUUGUUUUACUGAUACACGUAUUAAUAAAUCAUUAAUUAUAACACUUUUACGCAUUGGCCAAGAAAAUACAAAUGAAAAUGAUCAACAUAUCACCACAACAGCCGAAUGGACAAUCGACUGCGAUAUGGCAGCCAUUUAUGCAUUACAAACAUUUAAUUUGGCCUUGGUCGAUUUAAAAAGAUAUUUUUUUUAUGAAGAAGAUUUAUUGGAAGUUAUAGAAAAUGAUAUUAAUGAAAAUGAACGAUUUAUAUUACUUGCUAGUUUGUCGAAUACAAUAGAUGAUCCAACAUUUUCAAAUGAAAAGGUAUGGAAACAUGCUGAACGUACUGAAGGAGCAAUUGAUGCUCUCAAAAAGUCCCAUGAUGAUGCUGACCGCUGGGAAGUUUCAGAUGCUUAUAGAUUGAAAAAUAAUAAUAACAUUUAUUGGACUGCUCGUGAAUUUACAUCUGCUACAUAUCAAUUAUAUAAAUUAUCAAAUGAUAAAGAAUUAGAUGAACAUGCAUAUACAGUAUUUUUAUUACUUAUGGUAAUUCUUUUAUUUUCUAAUAAUCUUCGAAAACUUUGUUCAACAUUAGCCAAUGUUAAUCUAUGUGAAAUGGUUGAAGAUGAAGAUCGAUCAGAUUCAUCACAAACAACAACAACAACUUAUAAUCCUAAUCAACAAUCUGCUAAACCAUUGCCUAUAUCUGCUUUAUCAGAAUUUAAUUCAAUAAUGAUUAAUGGUACAUCUCAUUUAAAUGAAUUACAAAAAGAAAAUCGAGAACCAUCAUUAUAUAAUUCAUCAUCAUUAUCAUCAAUUGUUCGAUUAUCCUCAUCUAUUCUUUCAAAUACAACAUCAACACUUGAAAAUUACCAAAAAUAA